UUGUUUGUGAGAUUGCCGCCGUGCUUCGACAUCUCCAUGGCAACCAUCAAGCGACGCUUCCGGCGCUGCGUUUCGAACAUCUACCCGAUCCAAUUUACGGACUCGGAGCGGCAACUUCGCAUCCACAUCUUCCAUUGCUCCUUCUAUGAUGCCGAGGCCGAGAGCCACGCCAUGCUGCCGCGGGAGGAGUCGGAGCUGAAGCGGACCAUCUUCGAGAUGCCGCGAAACCUGAAGCGCCAGCAAGCCAUGCAAGACGCCUUAGGAGUUCGAACCCUUGAGUUCGGGGGUGACUGCGCCGCCGGCCUUGCGGUGGAGAGAGUUGAGAUCAGCCCCGCCCUGGAGCGCGAGGAUCUGGUGCUUGACCGCCCGGACAGCUACGAGGUGCAGCUUCACCAGGAUUGGCUGCCCUGUGUGGUGCGCGAAAUGCAGGGGGACGACAUCAGCGUGGACCUCUACGCUCCUGGCAGCUUCUUCUCUGAGAACUUGGGCCAUUUCGGGCCCCGCGUCGUCUCCCUUGAGAAGAUCCGGCACCGGCAGUGGGAGGUCUGCCGGGGCGAGGUGCUGCGGAUCCCGGAGGGCGAGACCCUGACGCUCUCUGCGGGGCAGCAUCUCUGGGUGCAGUCCCGGGGGCCAGGCCAGGAUGAGCCGGCUGGGCGGCUGGAGAUGCCAGAAGGGUCCACGCUGCGAUGCGAGGGCGGCACCGUGGACAAUGAGGGUCUUCUGAUGUGCGGCUUCUCGGUGCCCAGCGGGAAGUACUGCCUGGAGAUCGAGAGCACCAAGACUGUGCUGGUGGAUUGCGUGAACGGGAUCCCGGAGCUUCCAGCGGAGGAGCGCUCCGUGGCGCUGCAGUGCUUCACCUGGAUCUUCGAGCGCGCCUUUCGCCAGAUGCAGCUCCGAACCCUCGGCGGGCGCGGGUGGUACUUCACCGACGGCCUGGCCCUGCCACAGGGCGACCGAUCGGUUUCUCCGCGGGUUUUCCUCUACAAAGGAUUCGUGGCCAGCACGGGGCACGUGGCCUGGGGGCCAUGCCUGAAGGUGGAUAUCUCCGUGCGGCUCAUCCAGGGCCAAACCGCGCUGGCGCGGCUGAACUUCUUCCGGGACCUGCUUUUUGAGCACCGGAAGAACCAGCAGCUCCCCGCCCCGACCAAGGAUGAGAUGGAUGAGUUCUUGCAGAAGCAGAUGGUGGGCCGGACUUGUAUGAGCAGGCACAACCAGAUCCACUACCGCAUCCACAAGGUCUGCAUCGACAUGGACCCUUCCGCCACCUUCCCCUUCGAAGAUGGGGAGAUCACCUACCUGGAGUACUUCCGGCGACGGCACGGCAUCGUGCUGGAGAAGCGCCAGCCGAUGCUCUACUGCCCCUUCCGCGCCAAGCAGGAGGUGUACUUGCCUGCAGAGAUUGCCUUUCUGACCGGUCUGGAUGAUGAAUGGAAGUCCGACAAGGACUUUUCCCAGAGCCUCUGGCAAGGCCUGCGGCACACGCCGCGGGAGCAUUGGAGCUUGCAGGCGCGGCUUCUGAGGGGUCUCACACAGGACCAGUCGCCCUUGCGCGAGUGGGGGGUGAAGAUAGCGCCGGAGCCUUUGAAGGUGAAUUUCGGGCAGCUGCCGCAGGAGCCGGUUUACUUCGACCAGGAGGCCGAGGACUAUUUCCGGAAGCUGCAGGCGCCGCCGCAGAGUUUGGAGGUCUUCACCUCCCAGGGCCUCCGACCCUGGCCCCAGGUUUGGACCCGGCCCAAAGAGUGCAUCUCCUUGGAUCGCUGGGUGAUCUUUGCCCCCGCGGCUCAGGAGGACCAUGUGCAACGCUUCAUCGCCGAGAUCGAGCCGUUGGUGGGUGAGCUCCUGGACAAUUGCAAGGAUCUCCGCGUGGCCAGGCCGGAGGCUGUGAGCAUCUCUGCUACUUCUGCAGCCGGUUGGGUGAAGAAGCUGUCCAGCUACCAGCCGCCUUGGCCGAAGCAGCUCACGGACUUCGUGGUGGUGGUCUUGCCCAACGUCAAGCGCCGCGACCAGUAUUACUACCAGCUGAAGAGUUUGCUCACCUUCCACUGGGAGCCUUGCUGUCCAACGCAGAUGAUGAUGGCCUCCACGCUGCACCCUCUCUCUCGCCCGCAGGUGUGGCGGAGCCUUUUGCAGCAGAUUCUGGUGAAGAAGGGGGCCUUCCUUUGGGCCAUCUCGCCCUUGCCGUAUCUGGGGCGCAGCAUGAUGGUGGUGGGCCUCGACACGGUGAAGGCUGGCAAAGAGGCGCCGGUGCUGCAAGCUCUCAGCGCAUCCGUCAAUGUCUACUUCACCAGCUACUUCAGCACCUGGCGCUCAGGCCCCGACUGCGGCGCUCUGCUGCGCCAGGCCUUGCAGCACUUCUACACCCGGCUCCGGCGGGUGCCGGACACCUUGGUCAUCUACCGGGGCGGUGUCAGCGAAAGCCAAGAAGCGCAGCUGCUGGAGUCCGAGCUGCACGGGGAGCACGGGCUUCUCGCCGCAUUGCACACAUACGCCCAGGAGGUCUUGCCAGACCAGGACUUGGAAGAGUGGGAGGCCAAGCUCUCGGUGGCCUUCAUCAUGGCGCGAAGGAGUCUGAACUCGCGCUUCAUGACUGAGGAUGGGGAGAACCUGCCCAGUGGCAGCUACAUCGACGAGGACGUCAUUCCAGGCAAAGCAACUGGGGCGCAGAAUCCUGAGCGCUAUGAUUUCUACAUGGUCUCUCAGAGCUACGUCAUCGGCACUGCCCGGCCGACGCUAUAUACCGUGCUGUACAACACGUCGAGCUUCUCAAAGCUAGAGAUCGUUGAGCUCACCUACCGCCUCUGCGCGGUGUACAUGACCUUUGCCGGCAUGGUGUCCAUGCCAGCGCCCCUGAAGUAUGCCACGAAGCUCCUGAGCCUCCUGACCAAGUGCAGCCAAGUACCUGCGGAGCCCACCAAGGAGUUAGAGCUCUGGAGGCCAAACCUCUUCUUCGUCUAGGGCACAUGACGAGUGUUCGAUGCCAUGGAGAUCGCUCGGCAGGCGCGCGUCACACACCUAGAGGUUCGAGAACACCGAGAGCUGACGCGAGCGAAGCUUCGGAGCGGGCGAAGACAGCGGGCGCCGGGCCGAGAUGGUCCCGGCGAUGCGAGGGACCUGGCCAAGGCGAGAAAGUUCCAACCGGAUAUGGAGCUUCCUGUUCAGAUCUUGGAGGUUCUGGC